AACAACAUGUAAUGUAAUCAGGAAAACACCACUAUUAAUCGUUGAGAUUUCCAACCCAGCAUACAGCAUGUCGAAAAGAAAAGUGUCAUUUGAGGAUGGAGAUGGGGAGAUUACUUUGGAAGAGGAUGUUCCAAAGAGAAAGAUGGUUGAUGGUGUGACUGGGCCAGGAUCCAGAUUUAAGGAGAAACACUCUUUAGACAGUGAUGAGGAGGAUGAAGAAAAGGAUAUAGAGAAUAGCAGCAAAUACGACAUUCUUGCCAGUGAUGAUGUGGAAGGUCAGGAAAUGGCAACAAUUGACUAUGAUGAGGGGGUACCCAUCACUCCCUUUAACCUUGUUGAAGAAAUGCAAGAGGGACACUUUGAUUCAGAAGGAAACUACUUUGUCAACAAAGAUAAGGAUAUCAGGGACAACUGGCUGGACAAUAUUGACUGGGUGAGGAUAAAAGAACAGCCAGUGAAAAAGAAGAAAGGUCUUGCAGCUAAACGAAGGAGAAGAGCUGGUGAUGAAGAUGAAGCAGAGGAGGAGAUGCAGCGUGAGAAGCAGCGGAAAGAAAGUGACGAAGAUGAAGAAGAGGUGGAGAAAGAACCAGCGGAAGACCCUCUGGCCACAUACAGCCAUUUUCAACUCAUAGAAGCCAUCAUUGAACUAAUGUUGCCUGGAGAAACAGUGGCUGCUGCUCUUCGAAGACAUGGGGGUCUUGGAGGACGAAAGAAAAAAGGAAGAUCAAGAGAAGAAGAAAAAGAAGAGACUCCAAACAGAGAUGCUGAUAAACUAGACAAACUGACAGCAUUGGCAGACAGACUGGUGGGGAUUGGAGAGUUUGAAAUUUAUCAGCAGACCUAUGAAAAACUGGCCUACAAACUGAAGGGAAUGAAACAAGGAAAGGCUGCCAAAACAAAAGAGGGCAGGGAGGAAGACGACGAUGAACUAGACAUGUUUGGUGAUAAAUUUGAUGAGAAGCAUAUUGUAGAAAAAGAUAAAGAGAAUAAGAACAGCGAUAGAGUGACUUAUGAGGUCAUGUGGGAGUACAAAUGGGACAAUGAGGAAAACUCUGAGCUCUAUGGACCCUUCAGCAGCCAACAGAUGCAGGACUGGGUGGAUGAGGGCUACUUCAAGGAUGGUGUAUACUGUAGAAGGGUUGACCAAGAAGGUGCCCCGUUCUACAACUCGAAGCGAAUAGACUUUGAGCUUUACGCAUGAACAUUCUUUCAGUCAUGUUACAACCAAAAUCAGUUCUGUUUAAUUACUUCAGUCCUUCUAUGAGGGCUUUUCUAAUCAAUUGUUUACUCUAUUUGUUUUAUGUACACACGCUAAUAUGUGCACCUCUGUUUGAUACCUGAUGUGUUUUAGAAUAAAGAUUUUUUUCUGGCUGGGCCCAACUUCAUGUUAUGAUUACUGCCUCAUAGAUAUUUAAAUUAAUGUAUAUUAAUAUUAACAUGCUUAUUUGAUUUUCCCGCGCCCAUACUUUACAACACAUGGUAUAGAAUGUAAGGAUUCUUGUAGUGGCAUAUAAAAAAUAGUGAUGUCGAGUUCGUGAAUGAAUCAUUCUUUUGAACCGGUUCUUUUUAGUGAAAGAGUUGAACUUGUUUACCAAAUCGGACUGAAUCGUUUGAAACAGUUCAUGUCUGGAGUCAACACUGAUCCACAAGUUACUCUGUCUUAACCUGUCUCUCGGAUGUGCCUGACACUCCGAAUUGAAAUGAACCGGUAACCGGGAGUAAUAUGAUCCUAGAAGUGGUAAUAUUUGCUUUUGCCAACUCUUCUUUGCAAUUAACCGCUCCAACUAGUUCACAUCGGACUGAACGCUCGGGUCGCAACGGUUCUCGAGAGGAACAGUACAAUAAACUGAGAAUCGCCUCUUUCGGA